GCGCGGGGGAUGACUGCAUCAAAGGCAACACAAAACAAUCAUGCCUCGUCUAAUUCAUCCUCCGAUUUCUGUAAAACAUAAACGUUGGUGUGGCCAUUCACACAGUAACAUGCUGCAAUAAAUGACGAGCCGCCCCGACAAGAGCGAUGUCAUCUCCAGGCAUGGGUACGCCCAGUGACCCUCUGUUACAGGCCAGUCCUGGAGGGAGGCUCUCCUCAGCUCAGGACGGUCUGUGGAGGUGCUCACUCCCCAAAACAGCCAGCUUCCCCACCUCCACCACGCGCCCCCUCAGCCACCGCGCCAACAACUUCCAAAGACAACCCAAACGCCAGAAGCUCAUCCGGCCAUCCCCUCCGCCCCCGCCCAACACCCCCUGCCCCCUGGACCAGCUCGACCUCAAUGACCUGCCUCCCCGACGCACUUUCCAGGAGCUGCUCUUUAACGGGUGCAUCCUGUUUGGGAUAGAGUUCAGUUACGCCAUGGAGACGGCCUAUGUCACCCCUGUGCUGCUACAGAUGGGGCUGCCCGAUCAGUUCUACAGUCUGGUUUGGUUCAUCAGCCCAAUUCUCGGUUUUCUUGUUCAGCCGCUCAUAGGAGCAUGGAGUGAUCGGUGUACAUCUCGUUUUGGGCGAAGAAGACCUUUUAUUUUUGCUCUUGCCAUAGGUGCGCUGGUGGGCCUCACUCUGGUACUGAAUGGGCGGGACAUUGGGGGUCUUCUGGCUGACACGGCGCUGAACCAUAAAUGGGGAAUCAUCCUGACGGUGUGUGGGGUGGUUCUGAUGGACUUUAGCGCAGACUCCGCUGAUAACCCGAGCCACGCCUACAUGAUGGACGUGUGUAGCCCAGAAGACCAGGACCGAGGCCUCAAUAUCCAUGCACUACUAGCAGGUCUUGGAGGUGGAUUUGGCUAUAUUGUAGGCGGGAUCAACUGGGACCAGACACAGUUUGGGAAGUCGAUGGGUGGUCAGCUGCGUGUCAUCUACCUGUUCACCAGCAUCACCCUUGUGUUCGCCACCACCAUGACCCUAAUCAGCAUACCAGAGCGCCCCCUACCAAAGACCCACACCAAUAAGACCUCCAGUAAAAACCACUUAAAAAGUCCCAGUUUCCCUCUACCGCUCUCUCCCCCUGUCCCUCCUGGAUCCGCCCCUGGAUUUGAGGAAGAGGAAGAAGAAGGCCUAUAUAGCUAUAACUUCUCAAAUUCCCAUAAUUCGGAUCCUUUGGCUCAUAGCUGCAGUGCCAAUGCCCGCCUCUGUGCUGGCCUCACUAGUCCAAUUUCACCUCUGAGUCCGCUCACUCCUAAAUAUGGCAGUUUCAUUAGCAGAGACGGCUCGCUAACUGGUAUAAAUGAGUUUGCGUCAUCUUUGGGGACUUCUUACAUUGAUAGAGUGUUAAUAGACUGCUACACUGGACAGCAAACGCCUCAAAACCCUGAGCCAAACUGCACUACUGCACCGCUGCCACCAGGGGACACUCCUCAGCCUGUCCAGUCCAUACAGCAAACAGAGGGAGUUUCUAUAGGGCAGGGGGAAGAGGACAUUGCACCCGCUGUAGAAGCGCAGGAGUCAGAAGGGGUGCAGGGCGAUGGGGGAGUGGCGGUCUCAGAUGGGACAGGACCACCGGGUGGGGCGGGGGGGCAUAGGGGGUCCAUCCUGAAGAGACCCCAAAGCCUGGCUCUGAUGGAGGAGCCGUGUGCCACUCAGACUGUGGGGCUGGAGAACGGGAGGAGGAGGACUGUCACCUUCAGCCAACAGGUUGCCAAUAUUUUGCUGAAUGGAGUGCGUUAUGAAAGUGACCUCAGUGAGAAUGUGGAGACUGGAGAGUCCCAAAUGUCCAUGAAGCUGCUGUGUAUAGCCAUCUACCGAAUGCCUCCUUCUCUACGAAGUUUAUGCACUAAUCAUUUUUUGGGCUGGCUGUCCUUUGAGGGCAUGCUGCUCUUCUACACUGACUUCAUGGGGGAGGUGGUGUUUGAGGGAGACCCCAAAGCCCCUCACGACUCAGAGGAGUACCAGCGCUACAACGCCGGAGUCAGUAUGGGCUGCUGGGGCAUGUGCAUCUAUGCAUUCAGUGCUGCUUUCUACUCAGCCAUAUUGGAGAAGCUGGAGGAGCGUUUUUCUCUGCGCACUCUGUAUUUCUUUGCCUACCUGGCGUUCGGGUUGGGCACGGGCCUGGCCACUCUUUCCAAUAACCUGUAUGUGGUGCUGUCCCUGUGCGUCACCUAUGGAGUGCUCUUCUCCUCUCUAUGCACACUGCCUUACUCUCUGCUCUGCGAGUACUACCAGAGUCCUCAGUUUUGUGGCUCAUCGGAGGAGGGCACCAGGCGUGGGAUGGGAGUGGACAUCUCCUUGCUGAGCUGCCAGUACUUCCUGGCUCAGAUCCUGGUGUCUGUGGCCAUGGGCCCGCUGACCUCACUGGUGGGCGGGGCUCAGGGUGUCAUGUACUUUUCCAGCCUGAUGUCGUUCGUGGGCUGCGUGUACUCCUCCCUCUGCGUGGUGUACCAGCUGCCCCCCCCUGAGGGUGAGCCCCCCGACAGCGAGACCCAGCCACUGUUGGUGCACAUUUAGCAAACGCAUCGCUAAGUAGUUUUAAAGACACUCACGUCACAUAGCAUAGAUAGCACUGACACGCCGUACAUCCUGCCGCACACUGUACAGCACGGUAGUGAUAGUAAAAGGUCCAAUUCACCAAAUGACAAGGCUCUCCUCGGAGCAGGACAGACAGACAGACAUUGGCCGCUGCUCUGUGUCUCCAGUGUGUUCUUACAGUGUGUGAGCCCUUCAUUUUCCCAACUGUGUAGAUGUGAAUGGAGAUUAGGGCUAUUCCAUAAACGCGAUCAUAAAAGUAUGGUGUGCUCUUAGAGGUGAUGUCAGGAGGUAAAAUACUGAAAUCUUUGGGCUGUAGCCGUUCUAAAGCGCAUUGUUGAGAUUAAGGCAUCAGUAAAGCAUUGUGAAAUAUUCCUUUGGUCAUCAAUGAAAGACUGUGUUAUUGCCUAUAACUUUUAGUAAAAAACUAAAUCCAUAUACUUGCUAUACUUGUG